AUGACGACUGCCAUAGCGCCGCCAAUGGUUAAGUUGACGAGCGAAUCCACGGAGCCUGUACAGUCCGCUGCGGUCCCCUCAGCGUUUCCCGUACCGGUCAGCAGUCUAGACUUCACCUUCUCCCUGGAAACCGAACUCAAGCUGGUUUGGGAUGCGGAAAUUAUCACUAAUCCAUUUGCUGACCCUCCCACCAAAACCCUCACCCAUGGUCAUGCGCCCCCGCUGGCACAAGAUAUCCCCGAAGUGGAAAUAGAGCCCUCCUCGUUCCUCAAUCCGUUGGCACAUUUGGCUCUCGACGAGGCGCCGGGACUCAACCAAGAAAUACAGUCCCUCAUUCUAGAAAGCAAGCUGAGGCAGCAUCGACCAACCUUCAGCAGACAGUCCGUAUGCAGUCGUGUCACGAUGGGCAGAUCGGGCUCAAGGAAGCGGUUUCUCCAUACCAUCCCCAACAAGUAUCUCCCCGUACCGCCAUUGACUCGCAGCGCCUACUUUUACUCCUACGGUAGAUGCCCAAUGUGUGCGGGGCAGUAUCAGGAUUUAAAAAAAAUUCCGGGCAAGGAAAAGCCUACUAAAAAGUACACUGACUGGCGUACUCAGCACAAUGUGCCAAAUUACACAAAGGAUGGACCGCUUGACCAUCUGCCGGGAAAGAUUCGUCACCAACUAUCUGACGGUCGGGCGCAGGUGUGUCUAAAGAAGAUUAAUGAACAUCUAAAGUACAUAAACGACCUGCGCCAAUUCUGGUCCAACGACCCAACCCUGCAGAUGAAUGUCUCCUGUGCGCAGGCAGGCGCCCGGGAGGCUGAAACGUUGCCAGCUAAAGAAAAGCGUUCUCCAGACUUCUACACGGAGGACGCAGAAAGUAUAGGCACUUUCGCCUCGGCUCAUGAGGAGGCGAUGGACUUCACAGGGAGGUCCGUGUCCAAAUCAACGACUAGCAACCAGUAUCUCAAAUUAAACAGGGACAAGUUUACCCCACGCUGUAUGCUGAAGCCCGAAGUUGAGGACGUGCGACAUAUGUACUCCGGAACAGUAAUCCUGUCAGCCAAGAUAAAAGACUACGACCUCCACGUGCCGCUCAUUUCGCUGGACACGGAAGAAAUGCGUGAGCUGUAUACUGUCACCAUACUGCGGGACAAUUCGCUCCGACGAAUGUUCAGCUUCAAAAAUAUCGCCAGACUGCCGGAGGAGUUGCAGUACUUGAGAGUCCUAAAAAAAUCCAACGAACCCGACCUAUCUCAAGUGAAGAUGAAAGACUCGGAUACCGACAAUGAUGCCCAAUUCCGAGUAUCCUUGACAGACACCUCCAAGUGCAUCCUCUCUUCCAUUGCCAGCCACUUCUAUGAGGCUGACUUCCUUGUGCUGGGUCUAUUCACCAGCUGGUUCGGUCGGGCUCGUUGUGAUCCCAGUCUUCUUAAACUGCAAGCCCCUCAGGAAUUCAUUAAGCUCUUUCAGCUGCUCGGCGAGGAACUCUUCUACCGUGGUUCUGAUCCCUCCGCCUGCACACGUCUGGAGAUUCUCUACGUCCUGGCGACGGCUUCGAAUGAAACAAAACUACGACACCAGAUGUGGACUCACGUGAGAUUUUGGCUUGAGCCUCUGCUGAGUAACCUUGUUGCUGAGCGACCCAGCAGUCGGCAGGAGUGUUGCUACACCCUGGCUUAUCUCUUCAGCAGUAAUAAGCUUGUUGAGGACAUGCGGCAUAAUCUCACUCUGGACAUACCCUAUGAUGUGACUGCCGCCGUGGUGCGAGCCAUUGACACCUGCCCCAGCAGUUUCAUGCACUACUUCUGCCUCCUAGGCUACAUGAUCGAGGGCUGUCCCAACAUCAGCAUCCUCAGAUGCAUCACCGAGAAGGGUCCGAAUUCGAAAAAUCUCAUCUUCCGCCAACGUUGGCCUCUGCUCAUUUACUAUGCCUUCCGGUUCUGGAAAAUGGACUACCUGCUUGUGGAUCCACUCUACCCUAAACGCAUCGCCACAGAACUGGAGGCGGCCCGCAACGAUCCAAUCUCCCGUAAAGCAGCCAAGAUGGCUCUCUGUGCCGUUUCCAUGAGGACAAGAUAUCCAGUGUCCUCGAUGACCUGUUGGUUUCCCUUGAUCUCCGCUGAUGGCGAACACGAUCACGCAUGA